AUGGCGUUGCCAACAAUAUCUAGCAUCUUGGACCUGAGCCUCAAAACACAGUGCACCAGAUCCCCAGAGGAAAGCCAUGAGGCUUGUACACAAUGCAAAGAUACUGGCAGGCAUCUUCCUGAGUACAAGGUAGUGGGUGCAAGUGGUUUUGGUAAAAGUGCUCUCACUAUUCAGACGAACUGCUUUGUGAAAGUAAAUGAGCCCACUAUCCAGGAUUGCUACUGGAAGGAGGUGGCCCUAGACAAUAGUGGAUACAUUCUGAAUGUGCUGUACACGGCAGGGUAGGAUAUCCUCAGGGCCCUGCGUGACCAGUGCUUAGCAGCUGGUGAUGGUGUGCUGGGUUUCUUUGCUCUUCAUGACCCCUCGACUCUGGACCAGCUGCAGCAGAUAUGGUCCACCUGCAGCCCACACCAGAAGCAGCGGUUGCCCCUGGUACUCAUGGGCAACAAAUGUGAUCUAGUGACUGCUGGAGAUACUCACACUGCUGCAGCAAUCCUGGCUAAUAAGUGGGAAGUCCCCUUCGUGAAGACCUCAGCUAAGACACGGCAAGGUGUAGAGGAAGCCUUUGCUCUGGUUGUCCAUGAGAUUCAGAGGGCUGAGGAGGCUGUGGCUGAGCCAAGCAGGAAUAAGACCCUACAACACAAAGCUGUGUGUAGCUGUGGUUGCUCUGUUGCCUGA